CAAAAGGUUGACGUAAUAAAAGCGGACGGCCAAAAGAUUGACUUAAUAUUUAUAAAUUUUCCAAAUAAGAAAGGGUAACCAAUAAUAGAAGAAUAUUCCCAUCAUCCCAUAUUCCCAUGUGUUAGUGCUACCACACCCAAAGCCCCAAACCCAAUUCAAAAAUUACAUAAUUAGAAGUACAACACAUACUCAACAAACAAACAAACACUCCCAUUUCAUAAUUAAAAAAAUUGAUUCUAAUUUUAAUAGCACAUGACGCUCAGAAGUAACGGCUAUAUUGUUCCCGCCCCCACGCACGCGCACCCUUGUCCCAACCCUCCGCACCAGAUCCAAUCAUUCGCCCACCCUCAACGGUCCCUUUCUCGCACCCAUUAAACCCAAACUCACUUCACUUCUCUCACCACCUUUAUUUUUAAUAAAACAAUGGAAUCUCCUCAACUAGUUCAACAUGUCUCUGAUCAACUCCUCCGUAAAUUCGCCGAAAUCGAUUCCGAUUCCGACUACGAUCAUCCCUCCUCCCCGCCUCGUAAGCGGAGGACGACUCAGAAGAAGAGGAAGGUUGUUUAUGGUGAUGAGAAUGAUUGGGAGACGUGUAUACUGAUGAGUCCAUUAAAUGUUGGAAGUAAUGCUAGUCUGAGAGUGGUGGAAAGGAAGUCUCUUCUUCCUCAACAUUAUAAGACUCGGCGUUCUUCUUCGUCGUCUUCUUCGGGGAACUUCAUUGUUAAGCAUUUAAGGGCUCAUCGUUUUAGAGGGGCUAGAGAUUUUAGGACCAAGUGUGUUCUUUCUGCUAUUGAGAAGACAUGGAGCAAAGCUGUUAGAGGCGCAUCGAAGGUUUUCAUGGAGAAGCAUUAUAACCGCCAUAGAAGUUUGAUUGAUGAUAUUGUUUAGUUUUUAAUACUCCUAUAAUCCUAUGUAUGGAAGGAAAUAUGCAUCGCCAAUUGACAUGAAAAAACUCACAUACUCAUGUGGGUAGGAAAAUGUAAUAGGUCCCCUUUCUAUUUUGUAAAAAAAACUACUGUAGUUGAAAUUUAUUGUCACCAAUUAUUUUA